GCCGGCUCCCGGGGAGUGCCCCUCUGUCCCGGAGGGGUGAGGAACGGGCACGCCGCCCUCGCCCCUUGCAGUGCUGGAAUACGGGCGCUAACUUGUGUGUUGGGUCUUACGGAGUCUUGUAACAAGUGAUUCCUGUGAACAUCCAUGGAAGAAUAAAAGGAUUUGAAAGCUACAUCCUUGAGAAAUUUGUGUAGUUUUUGUUGCACAGAGAAAUGCUGAAAUUUCAAGAAAUUUCUGCUAAGCAUGUCACUGUUGCCAGAUUUAAUUCUGCUUGCUCAGAUGCUGUGAUUGCAAGAAGAUACACUAUUCAGAGGAAACUUGGCAAUGGAAGCUUUGGAAGUGUGUAUUUGGUUAAUGACAGAAAAGCAAGACAAGGAGAAGAAUUGAAGGUCCUAAAGGAAAUCUCUGUUGGAAACCUGAAGCCUAAUGAAACAGUUGAAGCAAAUCUGGAAGCACAACUACUCUCCAAAUUAGACCAUCCAGCCAUUGUCAAAUUUUAUGCAAGCUUUGUGGAGCGAGAUAGUUUCUGCAUUAUCACUGAGUAUUGUGAGGGUGGAGAUCUAGACUUUAAAAUCCAAGAGUACAAAGAUUCUGGGAAGACGUUCGCUCAAAGUCAAGUAAUAGACUGGUUUAUACAGUUGUUACUCGGAGUCAACUAUAUGCAUGAAAGACGGAUACUUCACAGGGAUUUGAAAGCCAAGAAUAUAUUUUUGAAAGAUAAUCUUCUUAAAAUUGGAGACUUUGGAGUUUCUUGUCUUUUGAUGGGUUCAUGUGAUCUUGCAACUACUUUUAUUGGGACACCAUACUACAUGAGUCCAGAAGUACUGAAGCACCAGGGAUAUAACACAAAAUCUGACAUUUGGUCUCUGGGAUGCAUUUUGUAUGAGAUGUGCUGUAUGAACCAUGCAUUUACUGGACAGAAUUUUUUGUCUGUUGUGUUAAAAAUUGUGGAAGGUGAAACACCUUCUCUUCCUGAUAGAUAUCCAAGCAAACUGAAUGCCGUGCUAUGCAGCAUGUUAAGUAAGAAUCCUUCAUUGAGACCAGCAGCAGCAGAGAUCCUAAAAUCCCCUUAUAUUGAGGAACAACUAAAGAAAAUACAGUACAAGUUCACAAACAUCACUGUGAAAGACAAGGCGCUUAACUGGCAGAAAGAAACUGCUCCCGCUUUUAGUGCUGUGCAGAAGAAAGUUCAUUUGCAAACUCUUCAGGAACUUUCUGAAGUACAGAAAAUGACACCACGGGAAAGAAUGCGGUUGAGGAAGUUGAAUGCUGCAGACGAGAAAGCAAAGAAGUUGAAGCAACUGGCAGAAGAAAAAUAUCAAGAAAAUAUCAAAAGAAUGCGAGAAUUCAGGUCCCGUAAUUUUCAGCAGCUGAAUGCCAACAUCCUACAUGAAUCUGAUGAGCAGUCUUCAAAACACCUCAUUCAUUCUCAGCCAGGCGCUACGGGCAGCUACGUGUCCACAGGAAAUGAUGAACCAAGAGGGAACGGGACAAGUGAGCUCGGCAUGUCUGAACUUACAGACCACGAGAUCCCUGAAGAUCCAGAAAUUGCAGAAGAAUAUUAUAAAGAUGAGUUUGAAUCCUGUUCGGAAGACAGUGAAGAGGAGGACAGUGAAGAGGAGGAAGAUGCAGAAUUGUCAUGGACAGCCUCUAAGACAAAUCACCAGGACAGUGAUAUGGAGGCAAUGGUUGAGUAUUUGGAGAGUGUCCUGAAUAGCAGCUCUUUGGGCUCGAGGACUGUCACCGGAGUGUCUCCAGGGGUGCCCCAGGGAUUCAGAGCUCUCAACAGUACAAUGGCUGAGACCAAGCUGAAACGCAUGAGGGAAUCUGCCAUUGGGAAGCUGGGAGUGGAGGCAUUCGAGAUGGUGUACAGCUACCUCAAGCAAGCGAGACAGCAGAAUGCCAGUGAGGAGGAGAUCAGGAGCUGUUUGGAGAAACUGGUUUCUAGAGCAAGUGAUUGCUUCGAAGUGGAUCAGCUGCUGUACUUCGAGGAACAGCUGCAGGCUUCAGAGCCACAUCUUCAUCUGUAACAGUGUGUCAGCAGCAGCUGGAAAUGCACCGAGGGGGAAGGGGCCUCCUUCAGGCCAGCAGGCAACUACAGGAGGUGUUUGCAGGACAUUGCUGAAGUAAUGUAGUACAUAAGCAUGUGGGAAGCUCCAUUUGAGAGUCCAGACUGCAGUGAGAAGUGGGUAAAUAUGGCAUGAAUUUCAGGGGCAGGAAGAAGAACAAACGUUUGUGACAGUGGAGGGGAGGAUUCACAGUUAUCUGUGUCCCCUUUUUCUGUCACUUAAAGCAUAAGGAAGGGUGUUCUGGGUUGUGGCAGGACGCCAGUCCUGCACUCAGAGCAUCGCUGGCAAACCUGCCUCUGAUGGAAUGACGCAGAAUUAGACUCCAGCUGCUGUUGAUUUCUGUGCUAACCAGUCCUUGUGAUAUUUAAGUCCACAAUUUUUGUAAUUUGGCAGAUUUACUCUUAAACAUGUAUGUAUAUGUAUGGCCACUCAGCCCCUAAUUGUCUUGUUACUAUUGAUUGUUCAAAAGGGCUGCAUUUAAUCUGAGCUUCAAAGGAACUGUGAAAAUACAUACAUUUGUGCAUAUUUAUAUACAUAUAUGCAUACUCACAUACAGAGAUAGAUGUGUAUAUUCAUAAUGGCAGAAGUAUGUCUGGUCGUACACUGUACUUGUAUAAAGAGUUUUGGAUUAAAUUCAUUCUUCAAAAAUGGAACAAUAAACGGGUUUGGUUUUUUCUGCCUUGCACAUUGUUACUGCAUAGUGUUUAUGCUCCCUUCUUCAUAUGCAUCCCACUCCUGAUUUCAACUGUAUAUCAGGCUCUGAUUAUAUACCUAAUGUUUUCCUUCUACCUCUUCCUUCCUUGUUCUGCAUUCUGAGCUCCUUCC